UUCUCGUUACAGUAACUGGUAUCCGUUACAAUAGCUGUGUUUUAUUUUAUUUUUCACUUAUUCUCAUUCUUAUUUAAAGUUACACUGACACAGGUUCAACAUUAAAGUGCGUAAUGACAAUAAUGAUGACGAUGGCGAUGUGCUGAGCAAAAAUACACACGAGCUCUCUCAUGUUCUCCCACAUCAAGUCUAUAUCGUGUCAGUAGAAUAAUAUUUUGGUUUUGGUUGUGAUUUUCCAUUUUGAUUUUUUAAAAAUGCAUAAAUUAAAAUUCUCCCAGAAAGAUAAAGUGAAAAAGUUUAUUACUUUCACUCAAACCGGCGAGCAGACAGCUAUUUAUUGCCUCGCUCAAAAUGAUUGGAAGUUAGAUUUGGCUAGUGAUAACUAUUUUCAAAAUCCCGAUGCGUAUUACAAAGAACCUAAAAAUUCGGUAGAUAAGAAAAAACUUGAAAUUUUGUACUCACGGUAUCAAGAUCCCAAUGAAACGAAUAAAAUAACAGAAGAUGGUAUAAUGAAAUUCUUAGAUGACUUAGGAUUGAGUCCAGAAAGUAAAUUGGUCUUGAUAAUUGCAUGGAAAUUCCGUGCAGAAGCUCAAUGUGAAUUUACAAAAGAUGAAUUUAUGAAUGGAAUGGUAGAGUUGUGUGUUGACAGUAUAGAUAAACUUAAAGCUAAACUACACAGUUUAGAGAAUGAAAUAAAAGACACGGUUAAAUUCAAAGACUUUUAUCAUUUUACUUUCAAUUAUGCUAAGAAUCCCGGACAGAAAGGACUCGAUCUUGAAAUGGCUAUCGCAUAUUGGAAUAUUGUUAUGAAAGACAAAUUUAAAUUUUUAGAUUUGUGGUGCCAAUUUUUACAGGAACAUCAUAAAAGAUCGAUUCCAAAAGACACGUGGAAUCUUUUGCUAGAUUUUGCUUCAAUGAUAAACUCAGACAUGAGUAAUUACGAUGAAGAAGGUGCUUGGCCGGUGCUGAUUGACGACUUUGUGGAAUGGGCACAACCUCGGGUUCGUCAGUCUCACUAAUACAUCUUCUCAUCUAGCUCUAAUACCUUUUUACCACUGAAGAUGUAUCAUUUAUUUAAUUCUUCUUGAAAUUCAAAAAAUUAUUUAUUCAAUGUUAUUGUAAACUAGUUUGGGAGAACAAGAAGAAAAUUGACAAGUAAUAUCUUAAUCUUAUCUCAAGAGUUUAUGAAAAAAUAAACUAAAAAAAAAAAAAAAAAUACGUGAUAAUCCAGUUGGCACUAGCUAAGUUCAUUUUUUAA